UCCGGACAGUGUGACUCGACCCGCGCAGACGUGAUAAUAACAUCCCACUGUACCUUGCACUUGUUUCGAGCUUCGAUCGGUUGGCCCCCCUCGGCUUAUUUUUUAAAUUACCAUUGGUGUUGUUGUUGUUGGUGGUGAUUUUUUUUCCCCUCUUUUGAUUUUGCGAGGUGCACGCGUGUGUUGUACGUGGAGGGGGUGACUCGGAGACACGUGGUUUGAGGGGCACGCGGUCUUGGGCGAGACAUGGCUCCGGCUUCGGUCUUUGCGACCUUCGCCAUACUCAAGGAACACGUUAAUUUAAAAGUCUCCAGGGAGGUGCCCUCCAUCGACAACAUCAUCUUCAAGCUUCACUACAGAGCGACAUUUUUAAUACUACUAUCGGCAUCGCUACUCGUCACGUCGAGGCAGUUCUUCGGCGAACACAUAAAAUGUAUCACAGACCAGGGAAUACCGGGCCACGUGAUAGACUCGUUCUGCUUCUUCAUGUCGACGUUCACGGUGACGAAGCACAUGAACGCGUCUGCUCUGCUGGAGGGUGAGAUACCGCAUCCAGGGGUAGGUCCAGUCAACAAGAAGGACGAGGUCACGUUCCACGCUUACUACCAGUGGGUGCCGUUCGUCCUGUUCUUCCAAGCGAUUCUCUUCUACUUGCCCCAUCACAUAUGGCGAUCCGUUGAAGGUGGCCGGCUGAAAAUGCUGAUGUCGGGUCUGCACAUGGCGUCGAUUUCCUUGCGGGAGGAGGAGAUAGUGACCGAUUCCGUGAAAGUUCCCUCCAAGUACGAAAAGGAGAACAAGAUCAAGGACAUACGCAGGGCCUUCAUGAACCGGUUGCACCUGAAUCGGCCCUGGGCGUACUACCUCGGGCUCUGCGAGCUUCUCAACUUGGUCAACGUGCUCACUCAGAUGUACAUCACCAACAAAUUUCUGGGCGGGUCGUUUACGCGGAUCGGCAAUGACGUCGCCCACGGGGACUUUGACGGGCCCAUGGACCCGUUGGACGUGAUCUUUCCAAAAGUCACAAAGUGCACCUUCCACAAGUACGGUGCAUCGGGUGGCGUCCAGCGUCACGACGCGCUUUGCGUCAUGGCACUCAACAUCAUCAACGAGAAGAUCUACGCAUUCCUCUGGUUCUGGUUCUUCAUACUGGCGAUCUGCUCGAGUAUCGGUAUCAUAUGGAGGCUUCUCACCAUGGCACUGCAUUCUAGGAGCACGUACUUCAACAAGUUGGUAUUCUCGAUAGCCUGUCCCGGCAAGUAUAAUCCGUGGGACAUACUCAAGGUAACGAACGAGUCGUACUUUGGGGACUGGCUGUUCCUCUACUACAUAGCGCGCAACGUCGAGAAUUACGUGUUUAAGGAGCUGUUGCAAGGAUUGGCGCAAGAUCUCGACGAAAAGCGGAAAUCAAUGUAUCGCACGCUGCAGCCCCAAGCGGAGAAGGAGCCCCUACAGCCGAAGAACGAGUACAGACCCAUCAAGGACUUGGAGGCGGCGCAGACAGAUCUCAUGAAGCCGUAAAGCUCGGCCAUCUGUUGCCACUAUCAACUGACGUACCACAGUUCGGAGUCAACGACUCCGCGCGAUGACGACACGGAUAGUUGCGAUCGCAACAAGUGUGCAUCAGGACGAUCAUGCGGCAAUGAACAAUCGACACGUGUGUCUACGUGCUCCAGUUUUUCUCUCUUUAUCGUCGACUGAUUGGUUCUUUUGAUUUUUGCGUGUUUACCUUACGUAAUGUGUAUUGCGCAACUGCGUGUAACCGUAGGGACCCGGAGAAGAAGAGUUGCCGAUCGUGUCUCAUCGUGACGAUUAUGAUGCUGUGCCGUUCCGAGAGAGAGAGAGAGAGAUGUAUUGUGCGAUACCGUUCAAGGUAACGCACGCAUGGACGAGCUUUUUUCACAGGCGACACACACGCGACGGCCUACAUUCUUAAAGUUACAGGUUGGGAUCGAUAUGUGGGUCGAUCGUGUGUGUUUUUUUUUUUUUUUUUAAUUUACCAAACGGUUGGCUCGUACCGAUUUUCUUGGAUCCUCGCGUGAAAUAAUCGUGCAUUUACAUAUGUUUAUCGUUUGUUCAAGGCGCUUUUCAGCCACAUGUGAUUCAACGGGACUUACUUGACAGUGCGAAUUUUGUGCUGCCGAUUUUUUUUUUCUUCUCUUUUUAGGACAUGUAUAUAAUACAUAUUGUACACUUUUAUGAAGCAUUUAAUACUUGAACGCAAAUUCAGAGUAUCGCAAAGACAAUACUUAUGUAUGUUAAGAGAAAUCGUAUGAAAACAAAUUCGUCCAAAGGCGAAUGAAUGGAUGACGCAAUAACCGCGGGUGUGCGCUGUUACGCGCCAAACGCGGGAACCACCGAUAACAUCGGUAUACGUAUAGCUCCCCCUCCCCCCGUAUAUGGGGGUGUAUGCGUAACGCCUAUAGCUGGUUUUUCUCACUCGGUCGUUAUACCUAUGUAUAAUUACGUGUGAUAAUGUAUACGUUGGGCCUAUCGAAUUCGCAACGACUGAGAACGUGUGUAAUCUCUGUCACGUGGCGCCAACGAUGUUGAUCGUGAGAGGAUUUGGAUGAGUGCGCGUGAAUACCCAUAGUACGACGUAGGAGCUAGAUUUUAAUUGUUCGAAAAAAAAAAAAAAAAAAAUGUAUAUGUACCUUACGGAUGUACAUAUUUUUUUGCAUUUGUUUUUCAUGCAAUGUGCACGCGUAUGACAUGAAUUGUCAUAAAUGUUAAUAAAAAUCAAAAGUUAUUUUACA